AUGUCCACUCCAUCAGGCAAACAUCUAGCCGCCAUCGUCCCCCAACACGGUGGCCCACUAACCGUCGUCGAACGCACCACCCCAACGUGCGGCCCAAAUCAACUCCUAAUCGAAGUCCACGCCAUCGCCUUCAACCCCGUGGACAUCUACCAACGAGACAUAGGCAUCUUCAUCGAAGAAUACCCUGCCGUCGUCGGCUCAGACAUAGCCGGCAUCAUCGUCCAGACAGGCAGCGACAUGAGUCCCAACAUCCCGAAACCUGGCACUAGAGUGACCGCCCUAGCAAGCUCAUUCUAUCACAAUGGUAACCCGAACUACGGCGCGAUGCAAAAAUACGUGCUCGUGGGCGAAGAUACCGUUGCCAUCCUGCCGGACUCGUUUUCGUUCGUGGAGGGCUGUGUUUUCCCCUUGGCGGCGCUUACGGUAUGGAAUGGUUUGCUUUGGGCGGGUAUUGCUCGAGAGCCGAUUUCCCCGGCGGAGAGGAAAGGUGUACUUGUGUGGGGGGCUUCGAGUAGUAUGGGGGCGCUUGCUGUGCAGGGGGCGAGGAAUAUGGGAUAUACUGUUUACGCUACGGCGAGUUCGCAGCAUCAUGAGUAUAUCAAGACUCUGGGUGCGGCACGUGUCUUUGAUUAUAAGGCAGAGGAUGUUGCGUCCAAGAUCCUCAACGCUGCGAAGGAAGAUGGUAUCGCCUUUCGCAUUGCGUAUCAUGCUACGGGGGCGCAGCAGUUCUCCGCUGAUGUUAUUAGCAAGCUGGCAGUCGGUCAUCAAGGCAAGUUAGCAAUUGCGCCGAUUGUGGAUAAGAGCUUGAUUGUCCCGGAGAAUGUCGAAUCUGCUUUUGUGCAAGCACCGGAUGAGCCCGAGGCGCGAGAGGAGAGGUUGCACUGGAUCUUUGGGACCUGGUUGCAAGAAGGUCUUGCGGCUAAGCAGCUGGUGGCGAGCCCGAAGAUCAAGGUCAUCGAAGGGGGUUUGGAGUCUGCCAACAAAGCCUUGGAUGAGUUGAAGGCGGGAGUAAGCUGCACGAAGCUCGUGAUUGAGAUCUAA